ACAGUUAUGGCUCAUAAGUUUUAUUGUUUAAAUAUUUUUUCAUCAAUAAACAUUCGAAUGUGAUUUUAAAGUGUGAGUGACGAUCGAACGAAAGAAAGAUAGACAGAAAGUGAAAAAAAAUGUCCAACUUUGAUAAAGAGAAAAUAGUAUUGCCACCACCACCACAGCCACCAACCAAAGCCAAGCUGAAAUUAAAACGGGUACAUACGAUUUCCGGAUCAUCAUCAUCAUCAUCAUCAUCAACGUCAACAGAUACAAAGUUUAACAACAAUAACAAUAAUAGUAGCAGUAAUAAUAAUAAUAAUUGUCAUCAACCAGAUAUUAGCAGCAACAAUAACCAAAUUCAUCAAUUUAAUAAGACUCAUUUUAAUAAUAAUAAUGAUAAUAGUCAUCAACAACAACAACAAAUUUCUGCAGCUAAUUCAAUGAAAACAUUGUCAACAACAACAACAUCAUUGCCCGAACAGAAUAAUUAUGGCCAAUUUACUAUGGAUAAUAUUGGUAAUUUAGAUCGACUUGAUUUAGAUGAUGAUAAUGAUUCUUGUUCAUUGGAUCUCUGGUCGAUAACGACCGAACAACAAUCAUAUUAUACGAAACAAUUUCAAUUAUUACAACGUAAUUGUCCCACCGGUACAAUACAUGGUAAUGUUGCCAAAAUAUUUUUCGAAAAAUCCGGUCUCGAUAUAAAAGAUUUGUCACAUAUUUGGAAAUUAUCCGAUAUCGAUGAAGAUGGUGGCCUAUCAUUUGCUGAAUUCUGUGUUGCCAUGCAUCUAGUUGUACUUCGACGUAAUAAGGUGGAAUUACCUAAGCAUCUUCCAUCACCAUUGCGGAAAGCUCAUCGACGAUUGAUGAUGUCAACAGUGACAACAACAACAUCAUCAUCAUUAUUUCAUACGAUCAAUACACAGCAAGUUGAUGGUAUUGUACGAUCAAUUAGUAGCGGUAGUAAACAACAUUCCAAUGUUAAUACAAUUGAUAAUAAAGAAAAUGGUGCUGCUAUCUCAUUAAUGAAAAAUGAUCCAUCAUCAUCAUCUUGUCAACGAAGGCAUAGCCAAAAUUGGACCAGAUUUAAUGAUUCGCCAAACAUGUCAAAAAUCAAACCGAAUAGUAUUGAUAGUAAUAAUAUUGUAUCAAGUACAUCACCAGCUAAACUUGCUAAUUUUGAUUACAAUAUAACUGAUGUUAUUGCUACUAAUCCGAAUAUUCGUCAUCCGGUACCAUUACGUGUAUCACCAACAUCGCCUGCAUUAGUUGAUUUAGAACAUUCUAUUGUAAUUGAAUCAGAUCAAAAUAAUUAUAAUAAUAAUGAUAGUAAACGAUCAUCAUUAAAUGAUUCAUUCACAUCAUCGAAUUCAAUUGAUUCAUGUCGUGAACAAUUUUCACCAUUUAAAAUUAUUAAUAAUCGUUCGAAUAAUAAAAAUUCACCAAAUGAAUUUUUUAUUCGUAAUAAUUCUUUUCCACUACCACCACCACCAACAUCCUUAUCAGCAGCAGAUUUAAAUGGCCUACAAACAUUGAAACAAAUUAUUGACCAUGUUCGUAUGGUUGAAAAUCGAUUCGAAAAACAACCAGGAAAAUGUGACAAUAAUAAUGGUAUCACAGUCAUUCCAUUUGAAAAUUCAACAAAAAUUGAUGAGCUACAACAAUCGAUUCGUAUGUUAAAUGAAUCAAAUCAACGUUUACAACGUUUAAAUCAGGAAUUAUCAACCGAUUUAUCGUCAAUGAUUAAAAUUGUGAAUCAUUUGAUUAAACAAUAUUCAUCCAAAUAACAAAUGAAAAAUUGAAAUUUAAUUCAAUUUUCAAAAAAAAAUUAUUGGUCACACUUAUCACACAAAAACAAUACACUCACUCACUGUGGUCUUUCUUUCGCAAAAUGAAUAUGAAACUAAGAAUUGAAGAACAAAAAAAAUUUCGAUCCAAUAUCUCAUCAUCUAAUAUUUAUAUCCGAAGUGAAAAAAAAAGAAAACUGAAAUUAAUGUUUUUGAUUUUG